AUGUCCCAGGCUGAGGUAACACGCACCGAAUCCAUCGACGAGCAGGAGCGUGCUCGAGAUGCUGAGGACAAGAAGCCCAAGUCCCGGAGACCCGCCAUCUUGCCGCCCGAUCACCCUGCUCCCACCGCUCUUGAAUUGCGCGCUGACCACUCUGACAGACCGAUCCUGACUCCCAAAAGUGUGCUUCCUCUGUUUUUCAUCGUUGGUGUCUUGUUCGCCCCGAUCGGCGGGGUUCUCAUAUGGGCAAGCUCACAAGUCCAAGAGAUCAGCCUCGAUUACAGCGACUGCACGAAACUAGCGCCCGAAGUUAAUAGCAGUGACUUUGGUAUCAUCGACUUUCCGGACAAAGUCCUCACAGAAGCCGUAUUGGACCAAAACCUGCGACUCGCCGAAUUCGUGUACUUGCCACCUUUUUUCAAGAUUCCCAACGAACUUCCAGCACCGGUGUACAUGUACUACCGGCUCACGAAUUUCUACCAGAAUCACCGCCGAUAUGUGCAGUCGCUGGAGUUGGAUCAACUGAAGGGUACGGCGGUCCCGAAUUCCACCAUAUCCGGAGGCACCUGCUCUCCUCUCGACAUCGAUCCCGUUACAAAGAAGGCCUACUAUCCCUGUGGGCUCAUUGCCAACUCCCAAUUCAAUGACACCAUUGGCAACCCCAAGAAUCUAAACUUAAACUCAACUUACGACAUGAGCAAGAACGGAAUUGCCUGGGCAAGUGAUAAAGAUCUCGUCAAGAAGACCCAAUACCAGCCAGACCAGGUGGUCCCGCCGCCCAACUGGGAGCUCAGGUAUCCCCAAGGGUAUACUGCCUCUAACAUGCCCGACCUUCAUAACGACGAAGAUUUUUUGGUUUGGAUGAGAACUGCUGGCUUGCCAGCGUUCAGCAAACUCUCUCGUCGAAAUGACGAUGCCGCCAUGCCGGAAGGCCUGUACCGGUUGGAUAUCGUGGAUAAUUUCCCAGUGACCGAGUACGACGGAACCAAGUCAAUUUUGAUCUCUACCCGUACUGUCAUGGGUGGCAAGAAUCCUUCUAUGGGGAUUGCCUAUGUGGUCAUUGGCGGUUUCUGUGUGCUCCUCGGGGUGUUGUUCACGAUUGCCCACUUGGUCCGACCCAGGAAAUUGGGUGACCAUACCUAUCUCACUUGGGAGUCGAAUCAGCCCAGCACCGCAGUCGCCACAGGCCGAGAUGACCGAUUUGGGCCUAAUGCCAUUUGA